ACAACUGCUUUUCAUCUUUUUCACACACUCCUGACAUCUUUCCGCUAUUCUGCUGGACACAGACAUUACUGGGUUUUUUUUUUUUUAUCAUUUUCAAUCAAGCUCACCCAGAACGCUGAGGAAUAUAUUCCCACGGUAAGCUAAGUGGAGAGCAGAAAUUAUUUUAGAGCUCCUAAUGCAGGAGCAGUGCUGAGUGAGUGUGCUGGGAAGAGCCGGAUCCGUGAGAAAUGUAGCUUGGCUCAGGGCAAAAGCAGGAGCUUUCCUGGAGCUGUUCGAGAUGGCAAAAUAGCACCUAGCUCUGAUUUUUUUUUUCAAUGAUUAAUGCUGUCUUAAUGACCUGGAGGGAAGAGGAUGUGAGAGAUUUUGUGAAAUUAACUUGUGGAAAUGUUAUCAUCCGAGAGAGAGGGGAAGAUUACUAGACUUGAACUUCUAUUUCUUUUGAUCCUUCUCUUCUCUGGACCAACUCUGAGCAAGCUGACUCGGACCCCCUGGAAAGGAAAAGCUUGGAAAGGGGGAUCUCGUCUUCGCCAGGAAGACUUCCCCCCACGAAUUGUGGAGCACCCUUCGGAUGUCAUUGUUUCAAAGGGCGAACCUACCACAUUGAACUGUAAAGCAGAGGGUCGUCCAACGCCCACCAUUGAAUGGUACAAGGAUGGGGAGCGGGUGGAGACGGACAAGGACGAUCCCAGAUCCCACAGGAUGCUUCUGCCCAGCGGAUCGCUAUUCUUCCUGCGUAUUGUGCAUGGGCGCAGAAGUAAACCCGAUGAAGGAAGCUACGUAUGUGUUGCCCGGAACUAUCUUGGCGAAGCUGUGAGUCGAAAUGCAUCUCUGGAAGUGGCACUAUUACGAGAUGACUUCCGGCAAAAUCCUACAGAUGUUGUAGUGGCUGCAGGGGAACCAGCCAUCCUGGAGUGCCAACCUCCCCGGGGACACCCAGAACCCACCAUCUACUGGAAGAAAGACAAAGUCCGCAUUGAUGACAAGGAAGAAAGAAUAAGUAUCCGUGGUGGAAAAUUGAUGAUUUCCAAUACCAGAAAAAGUGAUGCGGGGAUGUAUACUUGUGUUGGCACCAAUAUGGUGGGAGAAAGAGACAGCGACCCAGCAGAGCUGACUGUCUUUGAACGACCUACAUUUCUCAGGAGGCCAAUUAACCAGGUGGUGCUGGAGGAAGAAGCGGUAGAAUUUCGUUGUCAGGUCCAGGGAGAUCCUCAACCAACUGUGCGGUGGAAAAAGGAUGAUGCAGAUUUGCCACGGGGAAGGUAUGACAUCAGAGAUGAUUACACACUGAGGAUUAAAAAGGCCUUGAGCACAGACGAAGGUACCUAUAUGUGCAUUGCUGAGAAUCGGGUGGGGAAAGUGGAAGCCUCUGCUACCCUCACUGUCAGAGCUCCUCCACAAUUUGUGGUUAGGCCAAGAGAUCAGAUUGUUGCUCAAGGUCGAACAGUGACAUUUCCCUGUGAAACCAAAGGAAACCCACAGCCAGCUGUUUUUUGGCAGAAAGAAGGUAGCCAGAACCUGCUUUUUCCAAACCAACCCCAGCAACCCAACAGUAGAUGCUCUGUGUCACCAACAGGAGAUCUCACAAUCACCAAUAUUCAGCGUUCUGAUGCUGGUUAUUAUAUCUGCCAGGCCCUAACAGUGGCAGGAAGCAUUUUAGCCAAAGCUCAACUGGAAGUUACUGAUGUUUUAACAGAUAGACCCCCUCCCAUAAUUUUGCAAGGCCCAGCAAACCAAACACUAGCUGUAGAUGGUACAGCAUUACUAAAAUGUAAAGCAACUGGUGAUCCUCUUCCUAUAAUUACCUGGUUAAAGGAAGGAUUUACUUUUCUGGGUAGAGAUCCAAGAGCAACUAUACAAGAACAAGGAACACUGCAGAUUAAAAAUUUACGGAUUUCUGAUACUGGCACUUAUACUUGUGUGGCUACAAGUUCAAGUGGAGAGACAUCCUGGAGUGCUGUGUUGGAUGUGACAGAAUCUGGAGCAACGAUCAGUAAAAAUUAUGAUUUAAAUGACCUGCCAGGGCCACCAUCUAAGCCACAGGUCACUGAUGUUACUAAGAAUAGUGUCACCUUGUCCUGGCAACCAGGUACUCCUGGAACCCUUCCAGCAAGUGCAUAUAUCAUUGAAGCUUUCAGCCAAUCGGUGAGCAAUAGCUGGCAGACAGUGGCCAACCACGUAAAGAGCACGCUCUACACAGUGAGAGGACUGCGACCAAAUACAAUUUAUUUAUUCAUGGUGAGAGCGAUCAACCCCCAAGGCCUCAGUGAUCCAAGCCCUAUGUCAGAUCCUGUUCGCACACAAGAUAUCAGUCCUCCAGCACAAGGUGUGGAUCACAGACAAGUACAGAAGGAAUUAGGAGAUGUCAUUGUCCGUCUACAUACUCCAGUUGUAUUGACUCCCACAACUGUUCAAGUCACAUGGACGGUCGAUCGUCAGCCCCAAUUUAUUCAAGGCUACCGUGUGAUGUAUCGUCAAACUUCAGGACUCCAGGCUUCACCCACGUGGCAGAAUUUAGAUGCCAAGGUCCCAACCGAGAGAAAUGCUGUCUUAGUCAAUCUGAAAAAGGGUGUGACAUAUGAAAUCAAAGUUCGACCAUAUUUUAAUGAAUUCCAAGGAAUGGAUAGUGAAUCCAAAACUAUUCGCACUACUGAAGAAGCCCCAAGUGCCCCUCCGCAGUCUGUUACUGUGCUGACUGUUGGAAGUCACAAUAGCACAAGUAUUAGUGUUUCCUGGGACCCUCCUCCUCCAGAUCAUCAGAAUGGAAUUAUUCAAGAAUACAAGAUAUGGUGCCUGGGAAAUGAAACUCGUUUUCAUAUUAACAAAACUGUGGAUGCAGCCAUCCGUUCUGUAAUUAUUGGUGGACUCUUCCCAGGUAUUCAAUACCGGGUAGAGGUUGCAGCCAGUACCAGUGCAGGGGUUGGAGUUAAAAGCGAUCCACAACCAAUAAUAAUAGGAGGACGUAAUGAAGUUGUCAUUACUGAAAAUAAUAACAGCAUAACUGAACAAAUCACUGAUGUUGUGAAGCAGCCAGCCUUUAUCGCUGGUAUUGGUGGUGCCUGUUGGGUAAUUUUGAUGGGUUUUAGCAUCUGGUUGUAUUGGCGAAGAAAGAAGAGAAAGGGACUCAGUAAUUAUGCUGUAACAUUUCAAAGGGGAGAUGGAGGACUAAUGAGCAAUGGAAGCCGCCCAGGUCUUUUAAAUGCCGGUGAUCCUAGUUAUCCUUGGCUUGCUGAUUCAUGGCCAGCGACAAGCUUGCCAGUCAAUAAUAGCAAUAGUGGCCCAAAUGAGAUUGGAAAUUUUGGGCGUGGAGAUGUGCUGCCACCAGUUCCAGGCCAAGGAGAUAAAACAGCAACCAUGCUCUCAGACGGAGCCAUUUAUAGCAGCAUUGACUUCACUACCAAGACCACUUACAAUAGUUCCAGCCAAAUAACGCAGGCUACACCAUAUGCCACGACACAGAUCUUGCAUUCCAAUAGCAUACAUGAAUUGGCUGUUGAUCUUCCCGACCCUCAGUGGAAAAGUUCAAUCCAGCAAAAAACAGAUUUGAUGGGAUUUGGUUAUUCUCUACCUGAUCAGAACAAAGGUAACAAUGCCUUACUUUACAUCCCUGACUACCGAUUGGCUGAGGGAUUGUCUAAUAGAAUGCCACACAACCAGUCACAGGAUUUCAGCACCACCAGCUCUCACAACAGCUCAGAGAGGAGUGGCAGUCUUUCAGGUGGGAAAGGUGGAAAAAAGAAGAAAAACAAAAAUACUUCUAAACCGCAGAAAAACAAUGGAUCAACUUGGGCCAAUGUUCCUCUCCCUCCUCCCCCUGUCCAGCCUCUUCCUGGUACAGAGCUGGAACACUAUGCAGUAGAACAACCAGAAAAUGGCUAUGACAGUGAUAGCUGGUGUCCGCCAUUGCCAGUACAAACCUACUUACACCAGGGAAUGGAAGAUGAACUGGAAGAAGAUGAUGAUCGAGUCCCAACACCUCCAGUGCGAGGUGUGGCCUCUUCUCCGGCUAUUUCCUUUGGACAGCAAUCCACUGCAACUCUUACGCCAUCCCCAAGGGAAGAGAUGCAACCAAUGCUGCAAGCUCACCUCGACGAGCUGACAAGGGCCUAUCAAUUUGAUAUAGCAAAGCAAACAUGGCACAUUCAAAGCAGUAAUCAACCACCACAACCCCCAGUCCCACCAUUAGGUUAUAUGUCUGGACCCUUGAUUUCUGAUUUGGAAACAGAUGUUCCCGAUGAUGAUGCUGAUGAUGAAGAGGAAGCGUUAGAGAUCCCGAGGCCCUUGAGAGCACUAGAGCAGACACCUGGAUCCAGUGUGGACAAUCUGGACAGCUCAAUGACAGGUAAAGCCUUCACCUCCUCUCAAAGACCUCGACCAACCAGCCCAUUUUCUACUGACAGUAAUACCAGUGCAGCCCUGAAUCAAAGUCAGAGGCCCAGACCAACUAAAAAACACAAGGGAGGGCGAAUGGAGCAACAACCAGCAUUGCCUCAUAGAAGGGAAGGAAUGACAGAUGAUCUUCCACCACCACCAGACCCCCCUCCAGGUCAGGGUUUAAGGAAGCACAUAGGUCCGAGCCAGAAUGCUGGUAACAUGGAAAACUCAACAGAGAGAAAGGGAAGCUCUCUGGAGAGACAGCAAACAUCCACUUUAGAAGACACCAAGAGUUCAUUGGAUUGUCCAGCUAGAACAGCCCUAGAAUGGCAACGACAAACCCAGGAAUGGAUAAACUCCACAGAACACCAAGAAGAUACAUGGAAAGCCCUACACAAACAAGGUGUUGGACCAGAAGAGACGUUGGUGCCCUACAGCAAGCCCAGUUUCCCAUCACCAGGCGGUCACAGCUCAUCAGGAACAGCUUCUUCAAAAGGAUCCACCGGACCUCGGAAAGUGGAGAGUAACUGAGAGGAGAAAUGCAAAGCUGCUUUGAAGGACCAUCAGGUCUGAACUCAUGGAAGUGACACUAAACAGUGCAAUGAACAAUUUCUUUAUUUAUGUACUAUUAAAAGAACUGUAAAUGCAAUGUAAAGACACACAGCCACACAUAUCCCACAGAUAUUUUACUUGUGUUCUUCUCUUAAGUACACCACCCACCUUAACUCUUUCUUGUCAGGAGUAUAUAAAAAAGAAAGAAAAGAAAACUCACCCUCCAGGAAGAAAAGGAUUUCCCUCUGUAUAUAAUUUCUUUUGUGCAUUGCUAUGCAAGCUCACUCUUUUUAGCUCUGUUCAUAUUAUUGUCUGUUCUUAUUGGUCUGUUGUACUAUAUGUGAAUUAAUAGGCUGUGGUGCCAUAUAUUAACUUUUAAUUGUGUAACUUUUAUGUUUAAAUUUUGCACUGCAAUUUUAUUUGGUGAUAAGCACAAAUCUCUACUCCUCGUGACAUGAAGAAAAAGACUGAAUGUGAAGGGAGUUUCUGUACUGUAAACUAGGCUGGAAAAUGUUGGUUGUAACCAACCAUGUUAGAUGGUUUUCAGUUGGGGUGUAGAAAUAGAAAAUGCAAAGGAACAGUGUGUUGGCAAAGUAUUUGAACAUCAGGGACUGAGUCGUUAAAAAAAUAAAAGAUAAUGGUGGCUUUUACUAUAAGUUGAAGGAGGGUCGAAAGAAGCAAGUUUAAGUGAAGAAUGAAUAAGCACUAAAUUAUAAAGGUACCGCGUGUAGUAAUUUGCUAAAAACAAACUAAAAGGAAAUGAAAGUUAUAUCUAGAGUCAGCUUUACUUCUCAUUGUAAUUGACCCAUCUGAGCAUUCCAAACAAAAGGAAUUAAGGUAUUUCUCAAGUGCUGUAUUUAUAUUACAGUUUUUUAAAAUAGCAUUUUCUGAAUUACCAUAAUUAAUCUCUCCGACUCAUUAAGUCAGAAUAUAGUAUGAAGUUCCCCAAGGAAACAAACAAAAGAAACUCUAGACUAUCUAGUCAAUACUUAAAGAGGCAAUUUAUUAUUAGGACAUACUCAGGCUGCUUCCAAAUGUAAUUCUAUUGCAAUAUCGUGUUUCAUCUUUCUAAAACAUGCACAGUACACACUAGAGGAUAGAGCUGCACCAUUGAAAUUUAUGACUUUUGAAAAACAAGGCAGUCUAUAUACAGUUUCGUGUUUUAUUUGAUUAAGAAGUUACGUCGCCACCAAAUGUACAGCCAAAUUGUAAGUGCUUAAAAAGCAGUGCUCAGAGUAUGUUCAGUUCACAGUAAGUAGAUUAAAUAUUUUAUGGUACAUUCUCAGAAAUUGGCUACCAACAAAAAAAAUGUUGACCCACUUUGAAUGAGUAAAUUGAAAAGAAAAAUUUUAAAGGAGAACAAUGCAUGUUUAUACACUUUUUAAAUAAAACCAAAUCUCGUAAGUGGACAUUAUAA